AUGGCAGACAAAUCUAUAAAGCCUACAUACGGAUUAGUGGAGAAUAUCUUGGUCAAAGUUGGUAAAUUCUUCCUCCCAGCAGAUUAUGUGAUUCUUGAUAUGGGGGAGGAUGAAAAUGUCUCUAUAAUUCUAGGAAGACCUUUCCUAGCCAGUGGGAGAGCUCUAAUUGAUGUAGAAGUGGGUGAAUUAGUGCUUAGAGUGCAUGAUGAGCAACUAGUCUUUCAUGUAUUCGAAGAUGUACAUUUACCAGGUGCAGGAGAGAGGUGCAUGCAGAUUGAGCUUAUUGAUCCAAACCUUCAAGAACCCCCUGAUGAUGCACAACAGAAUUUGCAGCUCAAACCUCCUUUGGUAACAAUCAAUAAAAUUCUUCCUAACAUCAAAUCUAAGUUUGGUGUUGAGAAUGCAUCAUCCACCAAGGCGGAUGUUCCCAAAAAGAAGAAAGUACCCAGGGGGUAG